ACAGCCCUUAGCUGUAGUAUAUUGGCCAUAUCCCACAACUCCUCUGGCCUUGUUGCUUAAUCAUAGCAGUCAAAACAAGUUAACUAGACAUCCAUUGAUGGAAAAGUAUGUGGCGAGUUAAGGGCAAAUUAUAUUUUCUCUUGCAACAUAUUGUUAAGCUCGCAAUCAUUAUUAUUUUGAUAGAAAACCGAAGUUUGCUUCUUAGCCUGUAGUUAGAUCGAUUUCCUUCUUAAUUUGAUAACCUUAUGGAAAACAAAUGUUGGGCUAGUUUUCAGGCCUUGUGGGCGGGUUUUGAGAGAUGAUUGGUCUAGAUAUUUCAACUAGACCCGGCAACCCUUAGUAGGAGGUACCUUUGAAAGUGAAAGUAGCCCUACUACAGUUUUGUCUUUGUCGGACCAUACUUUAGUGCGGCCCUGUCUCUAGUCUAGACAAAUAUGGAGCAUUUUAACCGUGACAUUAGAGACGGUUUUUUUGUCCCUUCUGUUGUGUUAAGUGUAUUUUGAAUGCGUAAAUAUGAUGUUUUAGUAUAUUGAAUCGGCUUAAGUGACACAAAAAGUGGAUUUAGGAGCAGAGAGGUUUCAAAACAAGCUUGCCUCAAACAGAACACGUCGGUAUUUCUUCAUGGUGUGUGCUGUCUGGCACUGGUCAAGUAGCCAUUGACUUCAGACUUUGAACUGUGACCCUGAACCUGUACCCCUGAGGUUCUCCAGGAUGGCAGGGCGAGGGGCUGACACGAUGGAACAUGAUGGAGGGGACACAAUAUCAGAUGUCAGUUUUCCGUUUGGAGAGGGGGUGUCUGGCCGAGGAAGAAGUAGUAUCUCUGUGUCUGAUGAGGGAGAGGAGACUUUCUAUGUGCCUGAAAGGAGACCCUCCCUGGACCUGGAAGAUGGCCUUAGACCAAUGGACACGACUCACUGGCAUGAUGUGGAAAGGGCUCGAUCCCCGGUCCACAGCUACAAUUCCGUCAACAGUGAUGACUUCUGUCAAUCGGAUGAACUGGAUGAAGAAACUGAACCAUCUGCUACUAGAGUCCAGCUGGAAAGAACAGUCUUACUCCAGCUGCUACUCUUUGGACAGUGAUGACUGUGAGACCAGAACCAGGAAGUCUCGAAGUUCUGCACCUAAAGCAGAGGGUCCUGCAGUGGAACUUCCUCCAAGACCAGAGCUGAUCAAAAACCCAGAUGAGAAGAGGCACCCUGCCCUGACUGUAGACUUCACCUUCAAGGCCAUCAGGAAGACACUGGAGAAGCUGGGGCAGGAUGAUCUGAGGAAGUUUAAAAUCACGCUGUGGAAUCGUUACCCAGAGUCGUUCAGCGCUCCUCCCCAGGGCAUGGACAUGGUGGACUUGGUGGACAGACUGCUGGAGUGUUAUGACCUAGAGGUGGCCUUGCAGCUCACCAAGGCCCUGUUGAAGGACAUGGGCCUCAAGCGCCUGGCUGACUUCCUCACUGACAUUUGCAAGAGAAAUGAGGUGCGUUAUGAGCUGAGACUCACUCUGCUGAGGAAGUAUAGCAGUAUGCACGAGGGCUUUGCCCAGCAGGGAGACCAUAAGGCCUUUGACAGUAUUUUUAAUGAGCUCUACAUAACAGACGGAGGCAAUGCUGGACCCAAUAUCCAACACGAGGUCAGAAAGAUUGACAAGCUGUCCACCAAUCACAAGAAGGUGAAGCUGAUAACCUGCAGGUAA